AUGUUGGCGCCUCAAAGUCAUUCUGGCUUUUACAAAACAACUAUUACAAAAUGUUUCCUAGCUCUCAGUAUGAUUUCCUCCUUCAUAUUACUGAUGCCGUUUGCAAAACAAAAGGAUAUAUUCACAUACAAUUUAGACGAUAUAUUUGAAAAUGGAUCGGUAUGGAGAUUGGUAUUUUGUCAGUUGGCUUUCCUCAGUACAAAAGAUUUAGUCUGUGGUGGUUUAUUGUUGUACUAUUUUCGAAUAUUUGAACGACGUUAUGGUCCAAGAAAAUUUCUAUCAUUUCUGUUCUAUUGUGCUACUACAACAACGUUAAUUGAAUUACUAAUGGCAUUUAUCCUACGAAAAUUAAGUUUUUCACUUCAUAUACUGCCAUCUGGACCAUAUAACUUAAUUUUUCCACUCUUUGUUCCGUUUUUUCUGGAUAUUCCAUGGGUACCUGUUGCCCAUGUGAUGGGUAUUCCGAUAACUGGGAAAUCUUUCCCGUAUAUAUUUGGACUUGAAAUUGCCAUGACGUCAUAUGAAUCGUUAUUCGUAUGCUUAUGCGGUUUGAUCACUGGAUUUGUCUAUUAUAAAAAUCUAUUCAAUGUUCAAUCAAGAUUAUUAUUUCCAGAAAGAAUUAUCAAAUUCGGCAAUCAAGUGAUUGGUCCAGUUUUAGAGACUCCAGCCCCAAAAUACCUAAAUAAACCAUUAGGUGCAACACUAGAAGUACAACGUCAAGUUGAAUUGGAUCGUAGAGAAAUUAGUCUUAUCGAAGCGACUAGACGUAUGCGUAGUAGAGACUUUUCAUUUGAUAUGAGUCGUGUUUGGACUGGUGACCAGUAG